AUGGACGGCGACGACGAGACCUCCGAUCCGAUGAUGGACGAAAUCUAUGCCAACGGCGGUGGCGACAAAGGAGACAAACGGAGCCGUCGUGCGAUCAUGAGCGGCGACCAGCUCGACGUCGAGGCGUACGCGGCGCUGUACUCGGGGCGCACGAAGAUCAUGCGGCUCCUCUUCAUCGCCGACAAGAUGAAAAACGCGGCGACGCAGCUCGAGGCGCUGCGCAUGGCCUACGAUGAGAUUAAGAAGGGCGAGAACACGCAGCUGUUCAGGGAGGUCGUGCAGAAGAUCGAUGGAAGGUUGGGACCGAACUAUGGCGUGGACACGGCGUGGUGUGAUGCCGUGGAUCGGAGAGCGGAGCAAAAGAAGGAGAAACUCGAGAAUGAACUCAAUGCGUAUCGGACAAACUUGAUUAAAGAAAGCAUUAGAAUGGGAUUCAAUGAUUUUGGAGACUUUUAUUAUGCUCAUGGUCAAUUGGGGGAAGCUUUUAAAAGUUAUGUCCGCACCCGGGAUUAUUGCACCACAUCAAAGCACAUUCUUCAUAUGUGUAUGAGUGCAAUUCUAGUCAGCAUUGAGAUGGGUCAAUUUCCUCAUGUUACAAGCUAUGUUAGCAAGGCAGAACAGGCACCUGAUGCCCUUGAGCCAAUACCAAUCGCAAAGCUACGAUGUGCUGCUGGAUUGGCUAAUCUAGAGGCCAAAAAAUACAAGCUUGCUGCUCGAAAGUUUCUAGAAACAGGACCUGAACUGGGAAGUCAUUAUAAUGAUGUAAUUGCACCUCAAGAUGUUGCAACAUAUGGAGGACUUUGUGCACUAGCAACAUUUGAUCGGGCAGAGUUAAAGAGCAAAGUUAUAGACAAUUCCAACUUUCGCAAUUUCUUAGAGCUAGUACCUGAAGUAAGGGAACUGAUAAAUGAUUUUUACUCAAGCCACUACGCAUCAUGUUUGGAAUAUCUCGGGAACCUCAAAGCAAACCUAUUACUUGAUAUACAUUUGCAUGACCAUGUUGAGACACUUUAUGAUCAAAUUCGUCACAAAGCCCUUAUCCAGUACACACACCCAUUUGUGUCUGUUGACUUGAACAUGAUGGCUAAUGCAUUCAAGACAACUGUUGCUGGACUUGAGAAGGAGCUAGAAGCAUUGAUCACUGAUAAUCAAAUACAGGCACGAAUUGAUUCACACAACAAAAUUUUGUAUGCACGGCAUGCGGAUCAAAGGAAUGCCACCUUUCAAAGGGUUCUGGAAACUGGAAGGGAAUUUGAUCGUGAUGUUCGUUCCAUGUUACUGAGAUCAAAUCUUAUCAAGCAUGAGUACAAUAUUAGAGCAUUAAGGAAACUUUGA